UACAAACUACUGCUCUGCUAUAGAGGACCAUGAAUUAUUCGUAUAAAUUAUGAUUGUCCCAUAUUUUUGCUCUAGGUUUUCAGUCAAGACUCUGAUUGACCGUUCCUGUUUUGAAACUAUUGAUGAUACUUCCCCUGAAUUUAAUAAUUUUGCAGCCAUUCUGGAGCAGAUUCUAAGUCAUCGACUGAAAGGUCAGAUCACCUGGUUUGGCUAUGAAAGCCCUCGUAGUUUCUGGGACUACAUUCGUGUAGCUUGCCGAAAAGUCUCUCACAAUUGCAUCUGCAGUAUUGAGAACAUGGAGAAUGUCGGUUCUUCUAGAGCUAAGGGUCGAGCAUGGAUAAGAGUAGCACUUAUGGAAAAGCAUUUGUCUGAAUACAUUUCCACAGCCCUAAGAGACUUCAAAACAACCAGGAGAUUUUAUGAAGAUGGAGCAAUUGUUCUUGGUGAAGAAGCAAAUAUGCUUGCUGGUAUGCUGUUGGGACUCAAUGCAAUUGAUUUCAGUUUUUGUCUGAAGGGUGAGGGAUUGGAUGGAAGCUAUCCAGCUGUCAUAGAUUAUACACCAUACUUGAAGUUCACCCAAAGUUCUGACAGUAUCAGCAGUGAUGAAGAAGAGCUAAGAACACUGGGCAGUAGUGGCAGUGAAGGCAGUACUCCAGAGAACAUUGGUCCUCCUGUCAUCACAGAUGAAAACAGUUGGUACAACAAAUGCAAAAGGGUAGAACAGAAGUACCGGCUGGCAUUGGAACAGAAGGGUUAUCUUGAAGAAUUGGUACGACUCAGAGAAAACCAGCUGUCUGAAUCAGUCUCACAGAAUAAACUGCUCUUACAAAGAAUUGAAGAUAUGGAUCUAGCCCACAAAAUGGAGAAGGAGCAGCUGGAAUAUAUCAUUGUGGAACUGCAAGACCAGUUAACUGUGCUAAAGAAUAAUGACUUGAGAUCAAGACAAGAAUUAACUACUCACCUCACCAAUCAGUGGCCUUCCCCAGGAGCUCUGGAUGUCAAUGCUGUUGCCUUGGACACUCUACUCUAUAGAAAGCACAAUCAACAAUGGGAUGAGAAAAGUUUUCAAAGUCUGGACCAACUUUCAGCAGAAGUUAGUCUUUCUCAAUCCUCUCUGGAUCCAGGUCACUCACAGGAUGGGAAGCAAGAUGGAAUUAACUUGUUAAAUGAAGGAAAGGAAGAUACUCCAUCAUUGCUUGGUCUUUGUGGCUCUCUUACAUCAGUAGCAAGCUACAAGUCUCUCACAAGUCUGAAAUCAAGUGAAUACCUUGCAAGUCCCACAACAGAGAUGACAAGUCCAGGCUUAACACCAUCUUGAGAUGCACACAAGAAGGAAGAGCUUUCUGUUGUAUGCAUUUGGUUUAUGUACCAUAAGAUGACUUGAAGACUACUAGUUCAGAGUUUAAAAAAAGCUGCUUUAUUUUUUUCUUGUCAUGGAUACCUUUAUAAUUCACAAAUUUGCUUUUUCUUUCCCCCAGAGGACUUUUCAAAUAUUCUAUUUUAGUCUAGAAUUAUUUAAAUCUCUUUGUCAGGUACAGAAUGUAUAAUCUGAUGUCUACAACUGAUUUUUUUUAAUGAAACAGUUGGAAAUCAGACCAUACUUAAAUAAUCAGCUUUGUUUCUCCUUGCACUAGCCUGGACCACCUCUAGCCACGUACUCUGCAGUUCUUUAAAUAUUUAUCAACUCCUGCAGAACAGACAGGGAAUCCUGAACACCAGUCUUUAUAGGCAAAUAAAUGUCUAAAAAUCCAGCUUUUCAUCUGUGUAUGUUGUGUAGGACCUCAGCAUAUUUAACCUAUCAACAGCUUUUCUCAAGUUGACUCAGUGUUAGGUUUUGCAUUCCUGUUAAUAUCAUGGCACUUAGAUGUCCCAGUCACACUGAAACACAAACUCUUGAAAUUGCAUGUGAAUAACAAAUGUAACUUGAUCAUAUAAAUCAAGCAUACAUAGUGAUUUCUAAAUGGUGAGCAAAAUCACUAAAUGCUUU